AUGUGCGGUAUCUUUGCUUAUCUCAACUACUUGACACCGAAGAGCAGAAAGGAGAUCUUGGAACUAUUAGUCGGUGGCCUGAAAAGAUUAGAGUAUCGUGGAUAUGAUUCCGCAGGCGUCGCCCUCGACAGCGCGGAUGGCAAGGACAUCUCGAUUAUUAAGAAGCAGGGAAAGGUCAAGGCUCUCGAGGAGGAAAUAUUUUGCCGUACCAACAUUGACUUCGAGUCAAAGAUUCAGUGCCACGUCGGAAUCGCUCACACGCGAUGGGCGACCCACGGUGUGCCGUCGGCAGUGAACGCCCAUCCCCAGCGUUCCGACAACGAACAUGCUUUCUUGGUUGUACACAAUGGUAUCGUUACGAAUUACAAGGAGGUGAAAACUUUGCUGCAACAAAGAGGACACGUGUUCGAGAGCGACACCGACACGGAGGUGAUCGCGAAACUGAUCCACCAUCUCUGGGUGCAGCAUCCCGCGUAUUCGUUCCGCGAGCUCGUCGAGCAGGUCGUCCAGCAAUUGGAAGGAGCUUUCGCUCUUUGCUUCAAGAGCAAGUACUUCCCGGGCGAAUGUGUGGCCACGAGGCGGGGCUCGCCGCUUCUCGUUGGUAUCAAGACGAAGACGAGACUGGCGACGGAUCACGUACCUAUCCUGUACGGGAAAGACGACUUCCAACGCGCGAACAAAGAAGGCGAAACACCGUCUCAAGAUCAUCGUCCGCACGGUAGGAAUCCCGAACUUCCAGUCAUGCCGCGUAGCGAGAGCACAUCCGAAUUUCAACCUCUGGAAGACAAGGAGGUGGAAUAUUUCUUCGCUUCCGAUGCGAGCGCCGUGAUCGAACACACGAAUCGUGUGAUAUUUCUAGAGGACGACGAUGUGGCGGCCGUUAAAGAAGGCGCCCUGAGUAUCCAUCGUCUGCGCCGCUGCAUGGACGAUCCUCAUGCCCGCGAGAUCACGACCCUCAAGAUGGAGAUUCAGCAGAUUAUGAAGGGCAAUUACGAGUACUUUAUGCAGAAGGAGAUCUUCGAGCAGCCGGAAUCGGUGGUGAAUACUAUGAGAGGUCGGCUCAACUUCCAAGACAAUUCCGUCACUCUGGGCGGAAUUAAGGAUUAUAUCCCGGAGAUCAAGAGAUGCAGACGUCUGAUGUUAAUUGGUUGCGGCACGAGCUACCAUUCCGCUAUAGCCACGCGCCAGCUCCUCGAAGAACUGACAGAGUUGCCGGUGAUGGUCGAGCUCGCAUCCGACUUUCUCGACCGUAACACGCCGGUCUUUAGGGACGACGUUUGCUUCUUCAUUUCGCAAUCAGGUGAGACGGCCGAUACGUUAAUGGCACUGCGUUACUGCAAAAGCCGGGGCGCUCUGAUCGUGGGUAUCACCAACACCGUCGGCAGCAGCAUUUGUCGCGAGUCCCACUGCGGUGUGCAUAUUAACGCCGGUCCUGAAAUCGGUGUGGCCAGUACCAAAGCUUACACCUCGCAAUUCAUUUCUCUCGUAAUGUUCGCUCUGGUAAUGAGCGAAGACAGAAUCUCUCUUGGCUUGAGACGCCAACAGAUUAUCGAAGGUUUGAAGAAUCUGGAUAAUCUCAUUCGUGAGGUAUUAAAGCUCGACGAUAAAGUCAAGGAACUGGCCAAGUCGCUGUUUCAACAUAAGUCUCUGUUGAUAAUGGGUCGCGGAUACAAUUUCGCCACGUGUAUGGAAGGCGCGCUCAAAGUUAAAGAACUGACGUAUAUGCACAGCGAAGGUAUCAUGGCCGGCGAAUUAAAGCACGGUCCUUUAGCUCUCGUCGACGAUUCCAUGCCGGUAAUUAUGAUCGUGAUGAGAGACCCGGUAUACGUGAAAUGCAUGAACGCGCUGCAGCAAGUUACCGCGAGAGACGGCAAGCCGAUCGUUAUUUGCGAGGAAGGAGACGAGGAAACGAAGUCUUUCGCCGACAGAGCUCUCGAGAUACCAAAAACAGUGGACUGUCUGCAAGGGAUUCUCACCGUCAUUCCCAUGCAACUGCUGUCCUUCCAUAUUGCAGUUUUGCGUGGUUGCAACGUCGACUGCCCGAGAAACCUGGCCAAGUCCGUGACGGUUGAAUAGAAAUUGUUCGACUUUUCUCGAAAAGUGUCACGAGAACACAUCGGUGUCUCUUCCACAUUGUGGAAUCUUCAUCGUCAAGCUUGUCGAGAAUCGUAGGUGAGCGACAAGAAAUCAUCGGAGUAUACCAUGCCGCUUUCAAAUCGUUGUGCUUUAUGUUUCUAUGACGCUUAAUAAGUGAAUUUAUUAAGUACGAAAGGAGAGACCGAACGUUCCUUUGCUUGUAUUACAAGAGCGAAAUAUUCUUCGUACUCUACUAAAAUUUUCAAAAGCGGCAACUAGGAUUGAUUUCUUUAGCAACAUCACGCGGCAAUAACAAUCGAUGCAAACGUACCUUUUCGCGCGAGCGAUGAAAUACAGAUUACAAAUUCCUCAACACGUAUAAUUCUAUUGCAUUUAAUAUUCAUAUCUAAAUUCGCGUAUAACGUAUGGUAUCUACCUUUGGGACGAAUAUGUUUUAUUUUAUGGGAGAAAGACGCGGUUCUCACAUAUCUUUAUGAUCGAGCUAAUAAUGCGUUCGCUAUCGUGCUAGUUUUUUUAAAAAGACUUGCUCCAAACCACCUCUAAAAUAGUCUUCUAUAGUAUAUAUGAUUUCUUUGUCAUCAUCAUUAUUAUUAUUAUAUAUAUAUAUAUAUAUAAAGAGGACAUGUGUUAAACUUUUUAUCAGUUGGUGCGUCACGCACGUGUGAGAUGCUGAUAGCGAACGUGCCAAUUAAAUUCUUGAAUGGUGACCCACGCACGUCUGUGGCUGGAUCAAUCCUGACAUACAAAUGUGGUGUCCCUCUUGAAACAAAGAUUUCCCAUCAAUUUAUUGCGAAUCAGGUUUGCGAUGUCUUUUGGUAAACGUAAAUCAUUAAUGUAAGAUUUAUUUUCGCGACGAGACGCGCGAUUUUCGUAAUUAUUCGAAGAAAGUUGAAUGAAUUAUGGUUCUCACGUGAUCCAGCCACCGUCUAUACAAAGGUUAAGAUAGAAAUUUCUUUUGUGCGUUUCAAACGCAACUACGACGGAUAUACAUGUCGAGAAUUAAGCGUAUGUGUGUGUAUGUAUGUAUAUGUGUAUGCGCGCGUGACGAACACCAACGCGACACGUGAAAACGACAUCUUUUUGUGACAAAUUCAACAUUUCACGCGACUAUGAUGCAAGUCCUAUCUUGCUGAGGUUAACAGUCGUUGUUAUCAGGCGUACAAUAAUAAUUUAUUAGGAUUAUACUACGUUCUUUUGAUAAAUUUACCAUGUCAGAUGCUUUGUAAGAUUAAUCAAAAUAUAUAUAUAAUUGAUGAUUUA